CGGCUCCCCGGGCCCCCUCGCUCCUCCCCUCAGGCCCCUCCGAGCGCCGCGGGUGCUUCCCUCCGGCCGCUUCGCACUCUCCCACCUCGCAGGCACGCUGCUGGUUGUGCCGCCAUGCCCCAGCCACAGGCUGUCCACGGGCCUAGGCGCGGCGGCCCGAGAUAGGGUCCCCUCAGCCUCCCGGGGGAGGAGAGAGGCAGCGAGCCGCGCGCUCCGCCCCCUCCCCCCGGGCUGUCGCCGCCGCCGCCGCCGCCACCUCGCCGCCUCAGCCUGGCGGGGAGGAGGAGGAGGAGCACCAGGCCUCCGGGCCCCGGCACCGCCGCCCUCAGGACAUUUCUGAUUCAUUUGCAUCCUUGAAGAGCAUCUGUAGAAGAGGAAGGAAAAGAUGGGUGUGAAAACAUUUACUCAUAGCUCCUCUUCCCACAGCCAGGAAAUGCUUGGAAAGCUUAAUAUGCUGCGGAAUGAUGGACAUUUUUGUGAUAUCACAAUUCGUGUCCAGGACAAAAUCUUCCGGGCACAUAAGGUGGUACUAGCAGCUUGCAGUGAUUUCUUUCGCACCAAACUUGUAGGCCAAGCAGAGGAUGAGAACAAGAAUGUGUUGGAUUUGCAUCAUGUUACAGUGACUGGCUUUAUACCCCUUUUAGAAUAUGCUUACACAGCCACUCUGUCAAUUAACACAGAAAAUAUCAUUGAUGUUCUAGCUGCAGCCAGCUAUAUGCAAAUGUUUAGUGUUGCUAGCACCUGCUCAGAGUUCAUGAAAUCAAGCAUUUUAUGGAAUACACCCAACAGCCAACCAGAAAAGGGUCUAGAUGCUGGACAAGAAAAUAACUCUAACUGCAAUUUUACUUCUCGAGAUGGAAGUAUUUCGCCUGUGUCUUCAGAGUGCAGUGUGGUAGAAAGAACCAUUCCUGUCUGCCGAGAGUCCCGGAGAAAGCGCAAAAGCUACAUUGUUAUGUCUCCUGAAAGUCCUGUAAAGUGUAGCACGCAAACAAGUUCUCCCCAAGUAUUGAAUUCUUCAGCUUCCUACUCAGAAAAUAGAAAUCAACCAGUUGACUCUUCUUUAGCUUUUCCCUGGACUUUUCCUUUUGGAAUUGAUCGAAGGAUUCAGCCUGAUAAGGUUAAGCAGGCAGAAAAUAACCGGACUUUAGAAUUACCUGGCCCAUCUGAGACAGGGAGAAGAAUGACUGAUUAUGUGACUUGUGAGAGCACAAAAACUGCCUUGCCUCUGGGUACUGAAGAAGAUGUCCGGGUCAAAGUAGAAAGGUUAAGUGAUGAGGAGGUCCAUGAGGAAGUGUCUCAGCCCGUCAGUGCAUCUCAGAGUUCACUGAGUGAUCAGCAGACAGUGCCAGGAAGUGAACAAGUCCAAGAAGACCUUCUGAUUAGUCCACAGUCUUCCUCCAUAGGCUCAGUAGAUGAAGGCGUCACUGAAGGGUUACCUACACUUCAAAGCACUUCUAGCACUAAUGCUCAUGCAGAUGAUGACGAUCGAUUGGAAAAUGUUCAGUAUCCCUACCAACUCUACAUUGCUCCUUCUACCAGCAGUACAGAACGACCAAGUCCAAAUGGUCCAGAUAGACCUUUUCAGUGUCCAACUUGUGGGGUACGAUUCACCCGUAUUCAGAACCUAAAACAGCACAUGCUCAUCCACUCAGGAAUUAAACCAUUUCAGUGUGACCGCUGUGGGAAAAAGUUCACCAGGGCUUACUCGCUAAAGAUGCAUCGCCUAAAGCAUGAAGUGAUUUCCUAGUACCGGACUACUUAAACCAGGAGCAAGAAGAGACCCUUGUUCAGUAUGAUCUUGGAGAACACAGUUUUGAAAGCAGCUCCUCUGUUCAAAUGCCUGUAAUUUCGCAGGUCUCCUCGACCCAGAAUUGUGAAAACACUUUCCCCUUGGGGUCUCUUGGUGGGCUGGCAGAAAAAGAGGAAGAAAUGCCAGAGCAGCCAAAGACCAGUGCUUGUACUGAGGCAACCAGAGAUGACCCCCCAAAAUCAGAGCUGUCUUCUAUAACCAUUGAGUAAUUUCAUGGUUUGGCUUCAUUUUUGGUUUUUGGAAAGUGCCUGUGCUUGGUCUUGUACAUUUAAAUUUAAUUUAAUUUUUUAAACAAAAAAGGGUUUGGGAAAGAAUUUCCCUUUUUACUUUGUAAGCCCCACAAUUGAUGUUUUAUUUUUCAUGACUGAGAGAUUGCUUCUGUAAGUGCACAAUAACAUGAUGUUGAAACAUAAUUGAAACCAUGAAACUUAAGGAGAACCAGUUGACUUAAGGCAUAUAUCAGUUUCUUCUUCUAUUAUUAAAAAUAGGCUAACGAGAUCAUUAGGUAAAGAAGAAUUCAGACGAUUGUUGACCUUCUUGAGAAGAAAGGGUACACCAGAAACAAAUUACUGAACAGAAUUUGACAGGUAGCCUGAAUAGAUGUUUACUCCUAUUCACAGGACAUUGUACAAUAUUUUGUAAAGCCUGUUGGUUUUGGAAAUAUUUACGGUAAGCUUUCUUAAAAAUUAUUAGGGUAAAUAGUUCUGAAAUCCAAUGUACUCUUUUUUUUUUUUUUAAGCUUUGCCAUUUCUAUUAUUUUUCAUGGUUAAAAUUUGGUGUUGGGAUAGGCAUUCCCUGAACUUUUUUAGUACCACUCCAAAUAAUCUUUCUUCUGUGAAAUCAGAGAAACAUGAUUGAGAAUAGUCAGGCUGUGCAUGGAAUGACCAGGAGUGGAAAAUGAAGUACAUAAAUCUCAGCUUUAUAGGAACUCUUUUAAUACUGCUUUUCUGACUAAAAUGGUUGUUUACCUGGUCU